AUGGGGUCUGUAUUUUGCCCCUGCAGCGAGCCUCCGGGCGCCGUCGACAAGGUACCGCUGACUCUGCACGAUCCGAGCCUGCGGCACCGCCUCGAAGACCUGUAUUUCUGCAAUACCUGCCGCAGCAUCAAAUGCUACCGUUGUGUUGAUCUGGAACACGGGUCCAAGUUUUGUCCUUCUUGCUGGCGAUCUUUUGACCACAAAGUCCGGUACUGUCAACGCCACUGCUUCAGAUGUCCGUCUUGCCGCUCAAGACUCCGCGUAAAGGCAGACAGCAACAGCGAGGACACAAAAACAAGCAAGAGUUUUCGAUUUAGUUGUGCCAACUGUAAAUGGACCUACACUACAGGAACCCUGACCAAACCGCAGCCGUUGCACGACAUCAUCAGGGAGAAAAGAAGUACCGCGCUGGACCGCCGAUUCAACGAGCUCAAGACGUAUUAUGAGAACCUUUACGAGACCGUUCAUAUCAGCGAAGCACGACACCGAACGCGUUUGAUUGGCAGGUACUCUUCGCUGGAGCUUGCACAUGUAGUAGAGCGCCGCCAGCUGCCUGAAAUUGGGGUGAUAAGAGAACAGAAGGUCGAAGAGCCGGAGCUCCCGCUGUUUCAGGAGCUAUGCUGCAAAUCGAGUGUGCGGUGCAAGAGCUGUCGCGAAAUCUUGGUGCAGCCGAGUCCCGAGCCCGCGUCGAGCUCUUUUGAGACGCUUUCCAUGGCAAUGAGUCGACUGCCGGUUCUUGAGUGCCGUGCAUUUCGUGGUGGCAGUUUCUCAGAAUUUCUUAAGCUUGGCUCCCACGCACAAUACACGCGUCAGGCUGAUACAGAGGGCCCCCAACAGGCUCAAGGCGGAGGCGUAGGCAAUGAAGCCGUCUGUGCGUUUGGUGCUAGUGCCGUUGCCCACAAUUGCUGCAGCGGCAGGGUUCAGACCCAGCAGCGACAGCCCGGUGAUGGCAUACAUGGUGGCAUAGUUGGCUCCAAAUUCCUCCUUUUUGACGAUCAUCGAGCAGCAGGUGGGGAUCAGGGAGUAGAUCCCGCCGUAGAAGGUGCCGUAAAGGAUGCUGUAGGCGUACAUGGCGCCAGUGCUGCUUUUGAAGGGCAUCCACACGACGAAGUUGAAGACUGCGGUAAUGACCAAGAGGAAGAUGAUAAUGUUGUAGCUGCCGAAAAGCACGUCUGCAAGAAGCCCGCUCAGCAGUCUGCCCGCGAUCGCCCCAAUAUUGAUCACGGUGACAAAGAGAUACGCCUGACUCGAGGAGAAUCCGUUUUUGAUGCACACGAACGAAAAGAGCGACGACGUCACGAGAACCGUGCCUUCGGCAAAGACACAGCCCAGAACGCAGAACAGGAACUUGCGGUCAUCGCGCAGUGCCUUGAAGUUGAACGACUUGGUGAGAUAGUAGAUCACGGUGUCCUUUCUGGACAUUUGCUCGGCCUGGACCACUCUUCGUUCCUUGACCAGAAAAACGGAGAUCGACAGACACACAAACGUGAUCAGAGCCAGCAAGCGCAUGGACCACGUGAACCCAAGAGUCACGUACGUCUUUCGCAACAUGGUGGGGAUUAUCAGGCCGCCUACACAGCCGCCGUUGCCGGCGAGGGCCAUUGCGGUGGCUCUUUUCCUGGCUGGAAAGUACUGCGAGACAGCACCCAUCAGGGGCGAGGAGAGAAUUCCCGAGGCAAUGCCGACACAGGAGAACGAGAGAAUGCUCUGGUACACCUUGGAGCUGUUGGCGAACCCGAGCAGCGAGCCGGUCAUCAUGAUGGUGCCGGCGAUAAGCGGCAAGCGAGUCCCGUGGGUGUCGAAAUAUGUGCCGCUGAAAAUCAUGCAGAUCUGCAGGAGAGCAGUGUAGAUGGAGAAGAUCCAAGAGACGGUGGUCGUGGACACGCCAGACAGCUCGUACUCGAGCAAUUGGGUCUGGAUCACACCGAUCGAGUUGGCUAG